UUUGUGUUUAUUAUACCUUACCUACCUAGGUAUAAAAAGAGUACUUACGUAGAUUUUCUUUUAUUAACUGUUUUAUACGAAGAUCUUGAUCUCUCAAAUUAGCAUCCAUUUUACUUCCAGUGAUUAUCAACUAAAUUAAUAAUCCACAAAGUAUUAAAUAACGUUUUUAUGAAAUAUUUAGCACAAAAACAAUACCCUUUAAAUAUCGAUCGUCAGUAACUGUGGCUGACUUACCUAUAUUCUAGCAAGCAGGACUGCCAGAUGUGAAGGGGAAAUCCCCAAUAAAUUGUUGCAUGUGACUGAUGAUGUGAGCAUGUUCGUUUCAUAAUAAAAAUGUUGCCAGGUAACCAAAAAGUCGUAUGUUUUUGUGCGAAUUACGAUCAUAAUCUUUACGAUCGUACAUUAAAAAAUAGACAAAUAAUAGUAUGAGUACGAUUUAAAUCGUAUAUCUGUCAACCCUGCUAGCAAGACAGCGACAAAAUCACGUUGCAUAACAAUGUAGCCCAAGCUUAUAUCUUAUGAAAUAUACGGAAGAGAUACGGACUUAGAAAAAACAGAAAUGUUGUUCUUUGUGGAAGUCAUUGAUGAAAUUCUAUGUAUUUUAGCCCGCAAACUUUCUUCAAACAAAAACAGCGCCAUCUAGUAUCGAGUUCUGUAAUUAUCUCUUUGUUUAUGGAUUUGAAGUAAGACCGCCACGCAUGCAAUACAUUAUGACUGGGGAUUCCCCUAUUCGUCGACGCUGAAUAUGAGGCGACGACAAUCACUGUCAAACGUGUUCACUAUUACUCUGACUCUGGUAACGUGACUUCCUGGUAACGUGUUAGGUAGGAAAAGCAGUAAAAAAGUGCAUAUUAAGGGAGCAGAUUUGAAAUAAUAUUUAUACUUAACAAGAAAUAAUUAAAGGUUCAAUGGGGAGACCUAAAGAUUUACGCAUAUGGGAGCACUACCGUACUUUACCAAACAAGUCUGUUUCUUGCAAGCUUUGUAAUAAGGUCUACAAAUUCAGUAAUGCUGCCAAAAUGCUUCAACAUCUUAUCACUUGUCCAAAAUCUCCAGAAACAUUAAAAGACUCUAUGAAACUUAUAAAAGAUAGCUCGUCCAAAACCAAAAUGUCUGGACUGUCAGAGAUAGAGACAAAUGAUUCUUUUAUAAGCCCCUCGUCGUCUGCUAACACUACAAUAAAUGCUGAGUUUCAAGACACCGAUGAUCAUAUAAAAACAGAAUUAGCGAGAGCUAUAUUUGUAACAGGGACGCCAUUAUCGAUGGUGCAACAUCCUUUAUGGAUACAAUUUUUCGAAAAAUUGCAACCAAAAUUUAAAAUACCUUCACGUAAAGCUUUAGCGACAAAAUACUUAGAUAAAAUAUAUAGAGAAAUGCGUUUUGAGUUAAAUGAGGAACUAAAUGCUUGUAGUUACUUACACCUUCAGUGCGAUGGCUGGUCUAAUUUAAGAAAUGAAGGAAUAAUAAACUUUCUUAUAUCAAAACCUCAACCUGCAUACGUUAAAAGUUUGAAUACAGAAAGUAAUCCUCACACUAGUGAAUACCUUAGCCAAGAAGUUGAAAAAGUAAUGAAAGUGUAUGGAGCAAAUAAGUUUCUUGUACUUAUUGGCGAUAACGCUAGAAAUAUACAAAAGGCAUUCGAAUUAACAAAACUCAAAUAUCCACAUGUUGUUCCUCUCGGUUGCUGUGCACAUAUCCUUAACUUGUUGUGCCAAGAUAUUGUAAAGAUACAAGAAGUAACUGUGUUUAUUAUGCAAGCCAUAAAUAUAAUAAAAACUGUUAAAAGGAGUCAACGAUUAAGUUCCUUGUUGAUAAAAUCAAGGCAGGGUGAAGAUUCUACACAAACACUAAAAUUGCCUUGUGCUACAAGAUGGGGAAGUCAUGUUACUUCGUUAAAAAGUUUGAAAGCAAAUAAGAUAGCUUUGCAAAUAUUAACAGUUAGAGAAGAUGUGGUAAUUUCAAGAGAUAUUAAAGAUUUAAUUCUAAGUGAUGAUUUCUGGACGAAGACAGGGGAAUGUAUAAGUAUUUUGGAACCAGUCACUGAAAGCAUAUUUUACUUAGAGAGCGACCAGAAUCGUUUGCAUCGCACAUACAUUACAUUUAGAGAUGUACAAGCUAAGAUACGUUUUGCAUUAAAUGAGAUUUCGACAUUGAGCGAAGAAAGCAAACAGCAGAUUCUAACAUCAGUAUCUUCAAGAUGCAAUAUGGCAAUGAGGCCAAUACAUUUUGCAGCAUAUAUUCUAGACCCCAGGACUCUAGGAGUCGAACUUACUCAAGAGGAAGAACUUAAGGGUAUGGAGUUAAUCUACAAUUUAAGCCAACACUUAAGUUUGUCAAAUGUAAUGGCAGAUUUGGCGUGUUAUAAAGCUAAAGAAAACUUUUGGGCCAGAGGAUUUGUAUGGAGCUCAUUAGAUAGCAUUGAGCCCCUAAUAUGGUGGAAAGGUAUUUGUGGUUCCACUGAGUUAAGCAAAGUAGCGAUUCGUAUUCUAUCAGCUCCCUGUACUUCGGCAGCCACUGAGCGUUCCUUUAGUAUCCAAGGCUACAUACAUAAUAACAAAAGAAAUCGACUUACAACUGAAAGAACUGAAAAAAUUUCAUUCAUUUGUUAUAACUGGAAUCUUAAACAUAAAGCUGAAUGCGAGGACAUUCAGUUUAAUGAAGAAAAUACCUUAGAAGCUUUCAUUGAGCAAGUAAAUGAACAUAACAGUUUAGACGAAAUAGAGCCUAUCGAACCUAUACAAUUCAUCGCUUGUAAUAACUCUGAAUCUGACAGUGAUUGACUGUAGUUUUACAUUUUACUUUCAUCUCUUUCUUAAUAAACUCAAAAUCAAAUUAAAAGUUUUUUAUUCUGUAGGCUGCAUAAUAAUAUUGUCUAUGUCCAGUAUAGUGGACGUCUUGCGGCUGAGAUGACGAUGAUGAAGUACAAAAUCAUAAACACCCAAAAAUUUGGGUGUUUAUGGGGUUUAAACCCAAUAAACCCAAAACACCCGGUUUUUACCCACCAGACUUUAAACCCACCCAGGUGGAUUGCCCAUCUCUAAUAGUAACAAUGGGUG